GUAAUGUUCCUUGCAUUUCCCUUGCUUGGUCAUUGGUAAUUGGUAAUUUGGUAUGAUAUGUAGAACAUCAGCAUGCAUUUAUUUUCUCAGUUUCUACUUUCUGCAGGGUAUCCGAUCAGUCCGCUUUUCUUUGAUUGAGGAAACUACUGGAUUAAGAUGUUGAGGCUGCCAAGAUACUUUUAAUCCCCUUUUUCUUCCGUUCAGUGUCAUUUAGGUCCUUUGCUUUAGCAGAUGAAUCUUAACGUAAUGCUUUAAAUCUGAUGGCUACUGAUUUUAGCGACGAUGUUAAAGAAGCCUUACUUUCUGAAAAGAAAGAUCAUUCUCAACUCAAUACUGAAACAAAUGUCGUCCAUAGAAGAAGAAAUCGCCUUUAUAGCAUUAGCACUACCCCAUGUCCAUCAUUCAAGAACCGCGUACAACAAAAUGAAGCGGAAUCUCAAUGUCCUGUAGAUUCUGGUCCGCUCUAUGUAAAACCACAAUUCAGUCUAACGCAAGUACUUUUGUUGUUGAUUGCAUACAUUGGUGGAGGCACAUUUUGCUUUUUCCUGAUGAGGCAUCAGAUAAAGGGUAAGAAAACGAAUGCCAUUCUGGACUCCAUGUACUUGUGUAUAGUCACAAUGAGCACUGUUGGUUACGGGGACCUUGUGCCAGAUAGCAUGUUGGCAAAGCUAGUUGCAUGCGUUUAUGUGUUCAUCGGCAUGGCCCUUGUUGGCAUAAUUCUUGGCAAGGCAGCAGAUUACCUUGUAGAGAAGCAGGAAAUCCUUUUGGUUAGAGCUAUACAUUUUCGCGAAAAAUUUGGGCCACCGGAGCUUCUUAAGGAGGUUGAGACCGAAAAAGUCAAGUUCAAAUGUAUUACUGUCGGAAUCCUUCUUUUGAUUCUUAUUAUAGUAGGUACUGUCUUCUUAUGUCUAGUUGAGAAUCUGGAAGUUACGGAUGCUCUCUAUUGCGUUUGUUCCACUAUAACUACACUAGGCUAUGGGGACGAGAGUUUCUCAACGGGAGCUGGUCGUAUUUUCGCUGUUUUUUGGAUACUGAGCAGCACCAUUUGUUUAGCACAGUUCUUUCUCUACCUUGCUGAACUAUACACUGAAAGAAGGCAAAGAUCACUUGUGAAGUGGGUUCUUACGAGGAGAUUAACACCCUCGGAUCUUGAGGAAGCAGAUCUUGAUCAUGAUAAAGUCGUUAGUGCGGCAGAGUUUAUCGUAUAUAAGCUAAAGGAGAUGGGGAAGAUCAACCAGGAAGAUAUUGCACUGGUGAUGGAAGCGUUCAACAAACUUGACAUUGAUCAUUCAGGAACUUUGACGGCAUCUGAUUUAAUAUCAAUACCAUCUCAACCAACAACUUAAAGUUUAAAAGUUGAUACGUCUGAACUCUUUUAUGCAUUGCAAACUGAAUCCAUUUAUCAAUGGAACUUGCAAAAUGAGAGUCUGUACAAAGCAAGCUCGGAAUCGUUCGAUGACAUAUCUACAUUUUUUUCAGGCAUUCUACAGUAGUUUAGCUUUGAUCCGUAUAUUUACUCUUGGUACCCUCACUUAUCGGUUGAACGAGUUUUACGUCCGCACAAACGUAUAUGACCAAAAACACAAAUUUUGGGUCUGUGGGACUGAGCGUUUUGUACGUGCCAUGCACCAGUUUCAAGAUAAGAUAGGACUGGGCAUCUUGGCAUUUGUAACAU